CAGUAGAGCUAAGGUAAUACAAAAGCACUCAGAAUGGAAUAUAAAACCUGGAUUUUCCAAUUGAUAUUGGCUGCAUCAGGGAAAUUUCUUGCUGAAGGCGAGUUCUGUGACUUUCCCAGCAUUGAAAAUGGAAAAAUUGCCUCAUAUUACUAUAGUUUUAAAGACCACUACUUUCCAAUGAAGGAAGGUGAGAAGCUUUCUUAUUCUUGUUUCCCUGGUUAUACGACGGAAAGUGGGAGGCAAGAGGCAAGGAUAAAUUGCACAACGAGAGGCUGGGUGCCAGCCCCCAAAUGUUUCAGGAAAUGUACCAAACCAGCCUUGGAUAAUGGAGUUUUCUCUGAUAUGAAACUGUCCUACAAAAUGUGGGAGAGGCUGCACUAUGCUUGCAAUUCAGGCUACCAGACUCCUGAAGGCACCAAAGAGAAAACGGUGCAGUGUCUUCAAAAUGGAUGGUCCGCCCAGCCACAGUGUAUCGAAACAACUGAGACUUGUUCAGCACCAGAGCUACUCCAUGGGCACUAUCAUACAUCCCAGAGAGAGUUCAGCCUGAAUGAGAAACUCAGAUACAGCUGCGAUGAUGGCUAUUUUACGGCAGGCGGCAACACAACAGCAGUAGUCCUGUGUGGUCCUCAAGGCUGGUCCCUUCUUCCCAAAUGUACUAGGCUGCAGUGUUCGUCACUAAGUCCUGUAGAACAUGGAGGUGUUCAUCCCAGGAAGGGAAGCUAUGAUGAAGGAGAUGUGGUUCAGUUUGUCUGUUCAGAAGGUUAUACCUUGAAAGGAGCAGAAUUAGUUCAGUGCUACUCCUUUGGCUGGUACCCAGAGCCUCCAAUAUGCGAAGAAGUAAGAAACAAAUGUCCUCCUCCUCCUCAGCCUCCCAACACUAAACUGCUAACCCAUUUGAGAACAUUCCGCCAUGGAGACAGAUUGCGUUUGGAGUGCGACCCCCCUUUUCAGAUCAGAGGAGCUGAAGAGGUGCAGUGUAAGGAUGGCAAGUGGACUUCACCUCCCACAUGUGUUGGCCAGUUGUCUGAGACGGUCAGGGCAGUGACCAAAGAUGGUCAUCACGACAUUGAAACUAUUGGAUACUGCCUUUCCCCUCCUGCAGUUAAAAAUGGUGUUAUAAUUAAUACAUUUGGUCCACCAGAAACAAGCUACCAAGCCGGUUCUUUUGUGGAAUACAGAUGUCUCCAGUUCAGUAUGAUGAAAGGACAUAAUCAAGUUCAUUGUCUCCAAGGAAGAUGGACAGAACCGCCAGUUUGUUUAGAACCAUGCUUGGUUAAUGAAGAAAACGCUGAACAUCACAAUUUAGAAAUGAAAUGGAGGCUGGAAGAAGAUGCGUAUUUGUUACACGGUGACAUUAUAGAAGUCGUGUGUAAGCCUGGGUAUGUUUUGCCACCAUCUGUCAAAGAAUCCCAGCUGCUGGUGCAGUGUAAUGACGGAGAACUGAAAUAUCCUACAUGUAUUUCAAAAGUUUUAGACCCAAAUGAAAACUGUGGCUCUCCACCUUCCGUAGAAAAUGGCAAUAUUAUGGGCUCUUUGACAGCAGACUAUGCCCAGGGUUCAAUUGUAGAGUACAGUUGCCAAGAAUAUCAUUAUUUGCAAGGCUCUAGAACUGUAUCCUGCUCAAGAGGUCACUGGACCACUCCUCCAGUAUGCAUAGAGCCAUGUACAUUAUCACAAGCAGAGAUGGCAAACAAUAAUUUGAACCUGAAAUGGAGCUUUGACAACCGACCUUAUUUUCUACAUGGAGAAUUUGUUGAAUUUGUGUGCAAAGCAUAUUAUAUGAGUCCACCAUCAAGUUCACUAUCUGAUUUCAGAGUACAGUGUCAGCAUGGGCAACUGUUGUACCCUCGUUGCAUUGAGAUGAGACGGUAAGGAUUGUUCCCAAUUUGCCAGUUUGAACUUUUGCUCAGAUGCUUACUUCAACACACACUUUAAUCACUCAAGACAGCUGGGAUAGUGGAUGACCCCAACUUACUGCAUCAUUUGAGAGACACUUUUCAAAUGUUUGUUGAAAUAAAGAUGAUCAACAGUAUUAAUAUCACAAGCUUUGUAUUUUGUUG